AUGCCCAUGUCAUUAGAGGCUCCAGUCCUCCAGGUGGACGCAAAUGUGAUCCACAAGGUCGACACAACAAACCCCGCGAAUCUCUUCAGCAUGUGGACCGUCUUCGCAAGGUGUCGUGACUCAGUCGCCCAAGGGCGGCGGCUUGAGAAUUUGAGUUGGCGCCUCUGGAACAGGGAGACAUUUUGCUGCGAAGGCGAGGAGCUCCUCAUCUCUUCGUGCGCUACCAGCCAACCGCGGGAUAUCCAAUAUCCUCGCGAGACAGUGGUCGAGGACCUGCCGCAGCUUUCUGGCAGUGUUGACUCCGUCGCCGACGAAGAGGCGGUUGAUAUGAGCACAGAUACUACACCGGUCGAUAUCGUACGGCCGAGGAUACAGAGGCAGGAUUCAUGCGCUAGCAGCCGGAGUCGUGGGCGCGAGCGUCAUAUCACCUCGGAUGAGCUCGAAAAGAUGGUUGUCUCUAUCAUGGAGGCCAAGCAGCCGCUCAAUGCCCCUCUCCCUAACAUCCCGCGCUCCCCGUCCAGCGAGAGCAGCGCACUCGAGCUAGAGCAAUCAGAAUCGACUGCUCAGGAAUCCACAUGCGAGACCUCAGAGGAUGCCUUGACCGACCCGGUUCCCUCUCAACAAACCCCGGAGCCGGAACAGGAGGCGCAACCUCGGACCAUUGUUACCCGCGGUUUCUCCCCGUCUCCCAUUCCUGCGAGCCAAAUGGCGUUGGCGGCAUCCAAGAUUCCGUCUCCAUGCGCGAUCCCCGAACCCACCCAGUCCCCGGCACCCAAGAUCAUCCUCCCGAAGAAACAACAAGCAAAGUUUGCGCUGGGCGGCUCCUCGGGAUCAGACGAAGACUCUUUCAAGGACCGCGAUCUGGAAACCAGAAAGGUUCCUGCCCGCCCCGGAAACAAGAUGUUUCAGCUCGGAGGCUCUUCUGGGGACAACUCUCCUCAGGCCGCUCUACAACUGCAAAGGGCUGUCGCCACGAGCAAUUCGCAGAAGAAGACGGCUUCGUUCAACAACCAAGUCGUUACACAGACUUUCACAUCCUCUGCCAUUAGUGACACCGAGGACGACUAUCUGGACGAGAGCGCCAUUGACGACGAUGACGAAGACUGGGAGGAGGAGUCUGCUGAGGAGACCGGCAGCUCGUCGACCUCGGCCAUUCCUCGCACCAGGGCGACGCUCAAUGGCCCGUCUCUGGUUGCCUCGCCGAAUGACUCGGACGAGGCCCCGUUGAUGAUGAAGAGGGGGGGCACCGCACGCGCCCCGCCGAUGCGCUCCAUCAAUGAAAUUCCUCGCUCUACCGCGCAACCCAUCAACGUCAACGCUUCUGGGAUGCAGCACCACGCAGCCCUCUCACCGCGCACUACCCGACGAAACAUGCUCUCCACCGAGCUGACCGACUCCCUCCGGAGAAGCCUUCUUCGCGAGCGGUCUGAAAAGGCCAAGACAGCCAACGCCGUCCUCAAGCGCCGACACACUUCGACCGAUGUGGCGAACCUAAAGCAGUACCCGGAGAAGCCCUUCAUGAAGAAGGAUAAGGACGUGGACACCGACCCGACCAACUGGGACAAAUACUUCCAAAACCCCUUCGCCGGCUACGCGCAAGCCUGGUAA